AACGGGCAGGUCUACUCUGGUCAGUGGGUGGAUCACCUGCGGGAGGGGAAGGGGACAGAGAUCUUCCCCCCCUACGACAACAGGAGGAGGAGCGAGGAGGGGGAGCUGACUUUCCCGCACUACGAGGGUGACUUGCUCGACGGGCAGCGCCAUGGCAAAGGCGUCUACGUGUUUGCCAACGGGGAGAGGUACCAGGGGGAGUUCCGUUACAACCUCUUCGACGGUAACGGCGUUUACUUCUGGACUGACGGCGAGUACCUCGACUGCCGAUGGAAGAACGGA